CCCUUUGUGCCGCACAUCCCCUUUGAUUUCUAUGUCUGCGAAAUGGCUUUUCCCCGCGUAAAACCUGCCGCCGACGAGACCGCGUUCAGCGAAGCCUUGCUGAAAAGGAACCAGGAUCUCGCUCCCACCGCUGCUGAACAGGCUUCCAUCCUUUCCCUGGUGACUAAAAUCAACAACGUGAUCGACAAUUUAAUCGUCGCGCCAGGAACGUUUGAAGUGCAAAUCGAGGAGGUUCGCCAGGUGGGUUCCUACAAGAAGGGCACCAUGACGACGGGGCACAACGUGGCCGACCUGGUGGUGAUUCUGAAAAUCUUACCCACCCUGGAAGCCGUGGCGGCCUUGGGGAACAAAGUCGUGGAAAGUCUGAGAGCGCAGGACCCCAGCGAAGUGGACAUCAAAGUGCUGCAGAGCGCCCUGGCUGCCAUCAGACACGCUCGCUGGUUCGAGGAGAACGCUUCCCAGUCCACGGGGAAGGUGUUAAUCCGGCUGCUGAAGGACCUGAGGAUUCGGUUCCCCGGCUUUGAGCCCCUCACGCCCUGGAUUCUGGACCUGCUGGGGCACUACGCCGUGAUGAACAACCCCACGAGGCAGCCCCUGGCUCUCAACAUCGCCUACAGGCGCUGCCUGCAGAUCCUGGCCGCGGGGCUUUUCCUCCCUGGCUCAGUCGGGAUCACCGAUCCCUGCGAGAGCGGGAACUUCCGCGUGCACACCGUGAUGACGCUGGAGCAGCAGGACAUGGUGUGUUACACCGCGCAGACGCUCGUCCGGAUCCUCUCCCACGGAGGCUACAGGAAAAUCCUAGAGGGCGACGCCAGCUACCUCGCUUCCGAGAUGUCCACUUGGGAUGGAGUGAUCGUGACGCCUUCCGAGAAGGCUUAUGAGAAG